UUAGAACAAAUGACGAUUAUAGUAAUAGAUGGUAGUACAGGUAUUGCUCUUUUACCCGGUGAAAAAAUAGAGUUUAUAGAUAAAACAAAUGCGAUCAAAUUAUCUAAAGAAACUUCAAAUGGAUUCAUUGAAUGCGGAUAUGAUGAUGAAUUUUGCGGCCAAAAGGAUAUUGUAAAUGAAUCCAUUGUAUUGAUAACAAAUUAUAGAACAUGUUAUCAUCCCAUAAGAAAUCACUCUGAUAACCUUUCCUCGACGUCUUUAACCACCGAAUCAACUUCAAUAAUUUCACUCACCAUUCAAAUUCCUCACCUUUCUAUUUCCUCGUUAGAAGAAUCACAAUCACAAAUUACAAUAUCACUAAAAUUUUUUCCAUUUAGAUAUUUAUUCACUUUUCCAAAGUCUAAUUCAACAAAGUUUUCUGGAAAUACUGUUAAUCAAUAUUUAUGUGUGGAAUUUGGUUCUAUCUUAAAAGAAAAUGUAAAUACCGUUGUAUUGGAAGAUGUUUUUGCUUUUCGUAUGGGAGAAAGUUAUAUUUCUCAAAGCAAUGAUUUUGAUCACAAUAAUAAUAGCGGCCUCGCGGGAAAAACAACUAGAAAUAAAAAUGAUAACAAUAAAAACAAAACCAUCAAGAGAAGAAAAAAUCGUGAUAAAAUGGAGGAAAAAAUAUUAUCAGAAUUAUUUUCAGAAUUAAGUAAUGAUAAUAAUGAUUACGAUGUAGACGAGGAUGAGAAUGAUGGAAUGGAACAUGAAAAUCAACUUGCCUGUAAAGGAAUAAAUGAAGAAAUAUUUCAAUGUUAUAAGAAAUUAGGGUGGACAUCAGGUUAUCAAAUUGAGAAGGAGUUUAAACGUUUGAAAUUGGAUAAUGAAUCAUGGUAA